CUACUUAAGUGGAAAAGAGCUUGCCCACUGAGUCGCGAGGACCUCGACAGCCAUUGGAAGUUUUCGAGAAUGGAUUUGGCUGCGUUUGGCUUUCGAACGGUCGCUCCAGCUGCAGGGUGGAGGUGGAAGGGGCAGCCCCUCACUAUGCUAACCAAGCAUCUGCCACUUCCCAGUCACUGCUCCGCAGUCACUGGUUUUGAGGCUGAGGGUAUCUCGGUAAACGAGGCUGAGUCCCUACCUGAGCAGAGGCAGCAGCAUUGCAGUCAGGGAAAUUCGGGGGUCCUGUUGGUAUUUUCCACCCUUGUGGACACAUCAGUCAUAGCUCUUGCCACAGUAGACUCUGCCGUCGUGUCUGGGAUCCUAUGAGCCGGGUGCAAGCUCUGCCUGUGGUGGGUGCUCAGUAAGUGCGGUACUGCUGCUGCCUUGUCAUUGCAUCGGUUCUGUGCCUAGUUAGCUUGGAGUGUGGACUGUGGCAUAUUCUCAGUAGUGUUUGUAAAGUUACAUUUGUGCCUGAGGAUAGUGGAAUAGAGCUAGAGAUUAUGUUACGCCUAGAUGUUGGCAUUGGGUGGCUAAUGAUGUCUUGUACAGACGAGGAAUGUGAGGAGUGACUUUGGGGUGGGCAGGGCUUCAGUUUUGUGUUUUCACAUGUUGUUUAGGCCUGUGUAGAAUAGUGUGCUAGUCAGAAUCUGCUAGGCAGUUGCAUACCUGAGUCUGGCACUGAGGAAGGCGAUCUAGGUGGAGAUACAGAUUUGGCAUCAUCAGCAUUUAGGAGAUUCUUGAAACUAGUAGAGGUUGAAAUAACCCCAGAGAAGAGGGUCUGGGGAAUGCCUGGGUUUAGAGAGAAAAAGGCAGCUACUGAUUGAAGUAGGAUGGAAAAUGAAGUGGAGAUUAGAGGCAUGAGGUAGAAGAUCAGGAACACAGGUUAGGCAUCUUUGGCUGUGUGAUCUGUCAUUCAGUAAUGAGAAUUCAGGCUUACAGAGCCCUGUCUCUUUGUCAGACAAUGUCUCACAUCAGUCAUGUGUUGGGCACUGGUUUUUGUCCCUGUUUCACAAAUGAGAAAACGUAUGUGUAUAAAACUUGUAAAGCUUCAACAUGGCUUUAGAAUACUGUGUCUCCAGGUGGGGCUGUGAGUUGUGGUCCUGAGCAUAGCUGCAGUAAAGAGAUGACAUGGCGUAAAGCAUCCUAUGAAGAUCUUGGUGGAGACAAGAUCACAGCCCCAUGGUUCAGCAAGUGCUAGCCAGCUUGGUGGUGAAUAGUGAAGGGUAUAAGUGUGUCCUUGGGCCCCUCUCAUCAGCUCAUUGUCUCCUCUGUCCAGGAAAAGGAAGUAGAUUCAGUUGAGGAGACUUCUCAUCUCUUUAACAACAGCCUCUUCUUGAUCUUCCCAGACAGUGACAAGACCCCCCCUCCCGUGAGCUGAUCCCCUUUCUACAGCCAGGACCCAAUGGCCGGGGACAAAGCCAAACCCUAUGAGCUGGACCAGGAGAAAUACGAUGCUGAUGACAAUGUGAAAAUCAUCUGCCUGGGGGACAGCGCUGUGGGCAAGUCCAAACUUAUGGAGAGAUUUCUCAUGGAUGGAUUGUAUCCUUCAAGUCAGCCACAGCAGCUGUCCACAUACGCUCUAACCCUGUACAAGCACACGGCCACAGUAGACGGCAAGACUAUCCUUGUGGACUUCUGGGACACAGCAGGCCAAGAGCGGUUCCAGAGCAUGCACGCUUCCUACUACCACAAGGCCCACGCCUGCAUCAUGGUGUUUGAUGUGCAGAGGAAAAUCACCUACAAGAACCUGAGCACCUGGUAUACAGAGCUUCGAGAGUUCAGGCCAGAGAUCCCGUGCAUUGUGGUGGCCAAUAAAAUCGAUGACAGGCCAAUGUGCUACCUUCUCUCUGCAGCAGACAUAAAGGUGACCCAAAAAAGCUUCAAUUUUGCCAAGAAGUUCUCCCUGCCCCUGUACUUCGUCUCAGCUGCUGAUGGUACCAACGUUGUAAAGCUCUUCAAUGAUGCAAUUCGACUAGCUGUGUCUUACAAACAGAACUCGCGGGACUUCAUGGACGAGGUCUUGCAGGAACUUGAGAACUUUGACUUGGAGCAGAAGGAGGAAGAUGUGCCGGACCAAGAGCAGCAUGGCAGCAAUGAGAGCCCGUCUCCCUCCUGAGUCACAGGAGGAGGGCUCUCUCCAUGGCUGGGGGGUGUUUGUUCAGAAUACCCCUCCCUUCAGCAGUCUUUCAGCUCUCAACUGAGAAACUCCUCCAGGCCAUCCCCUGUUACACCCCCUACAAACCACCCAUCCCAUUUGCCUCCCCAGCUUCCAUGGCCCCUGAUACCUGACCCUUCCACAGUUGAACCCCACCAUUGCCAAGCACAGGGAUGGGGUCAGCUCAGGUAAGAGACCCACAGCACAGCAUGAGGCAGAAUUAGGACGGACCAGUAUCAUAACCUCCCCCCAGGUUCUGUUGGGACAGUGCAGAGAGUCAGGAACGUUCUGUGCGUGUAUCUUAAAUGAAGGGAGACCGUCGGUAGUGCUUUUCCUCCCAGAACUGACCCCGGCCUGUUCAUUGCAUUUCCCCCAAGGGAACGGUUUCUGAUUCCUGACUACUAUUUUCCUCUUCAAUCUUCCAAAUAAACCAACCAGUGUAAGGAAAUAGUUUUGUUCAGAAACCUGUUCAUUCCACACGUUUUUCAGGAGCUCUUCUAGGUAUGGCUGGGACAUUGGUGAACAGCAAGGCCAAGAUCACAGGCCCAAGUUUGCUGUGAAAAUCAGGUGACAGCAGGUGACAGGUCUGGCGACACUUAGUGACACACCAGUGUCACUAUUGUAAACCUCAAGGGUCAAUGCAGCCACACCUCAGGGCACACCCAUUUGCAUCGUAAGAGAUUGACUUUAAGACAGCUUCCUUUAAUACCCCAAUUUCAGCAUAUGAGGCUUUUUUUUUUUUUUUGAGGACUAGUGUGACACUGUACUCCUUGGGUGGCAGAGGCUGCCAGGAACUGCCUGCUGCCUUUUCCGUUUUCUACAGGACUUGUGGUUCACUAGGGUGUUUUUAUGAUCAUCUUGUGUAUCAUUUUCCUUACCUUUAUUUAUUUUUUAUUUUUACUUUUUAUUUACAGUAAAGGUUGAAUUACAUAAACAUUGAGUAGUGUGCAUGCUCUGUGGGUGUGGAAUUUUUAGCACAAAGUCACAAGAGGACUUUGCAGAUCAUCAGCCACAUUCAUGAAGGGAGACUGCCUUGAUCUGUCAUGCGAGGGUGACCAGACUGACUCUCGACUGACUGUGACAGAGACCAUUUCAGUGGAAUAUAGUGUUUUUAAAAGAAUGGGUAUUUGUUUAGGAGUCAAGAAGACAUAUUUUUACCCUUGAAAUUACUGAUGCUUACAAUUUUAAGUUCAGAGGUUUAACCUGACACGGAAAUUUCAGGAAUGCGUUGCCCUGAUUAGGUGGGCUUUUAAAUACAACAGCCACAACAGCUACAAAAACCUUUAGUUAUUAUAAAUGCCUAAUGAGCAUUUUUUAAAUAUAAUGACUGUAUUGAGAUACAAUUCAAAUACCAUAAAAUUCACCAUCAGUAUUGCUUUUAUGUAAUCAUUUUGCAUCAGGUUCCCUAGAAGCAGACCCUGAGAAGGCAGUUCUUACUCACAUGACUUAUUGGGGCAGUUCUGUCACUGCUGGGCGCCAGCGUCACUCUCUCUUCCCACUUCCUGGGGAAGCUCGGGAAGACAGACUGCCCCACAGAAUUGGUCCCACUUUUAGACCAAGGAGGCUUUCGUGCCAGUUAGCCAGGUGUGAGGAGGAGGAGGUGGAAGGGAUGGGCAAAGUGGCUCCCGUUUUCGCAAGGGCAAUUCUCUGAGGAAAGGGCACCUAUGAGUUUUAUCCAUCGACACUUGAAGCAGCUGGGGGGUGAGUUCUCCGGCAGGGUGCCAGCAACAGCCACGGCCUCCACCUUUUCAUGCUCAGAUCCACCUGCUUCUUAAAGUUCAUUUCAUCCUGACAUACAGGAACACCACCCAAAUCUUGUUUAAUAAUGUACUGAGGUGAAAUUUACAUAACAUAAAAUUAACCGUUUUACAGUUCACAAUGCAGUGCCAUUUAGUACAGUUACGCGGUUGUGCAGCAGUCACCUCUGAAACAUGUCCGUCACUCCUAAGUAAAACCCCUCAUGAAGCAGUUUCUCUCCAACACCCACUCCCCUUGCCCCUUGUAAACAGUAAUCUAUAAUCCGUCUCUAUGGAUUUAUCUAUUCUGGACGCUUCAUAUCAAUGGAAUAAAACAAUAUGCGACCUUU